UCGAGGAUGCGACUUACGGCGAUUCGAAUUUGACAUUUGACUAUGCCUACAGUGAUAGGUAGUAUGUGAAAGUGAGUUAGAGCAUGUGUGUCCGUGAUGAAAAUACUGUAAUUCGAAGAAUGUAACAGUGUCUAGAAUUGCUAUAGGUCUUUGACCAGAACAUGGCAGAGUUGGAAACACCCUAUGAGAACUUGUAUAGGAAUCAGGAUUCAGAUGGCCAGAGCCCAGCGACAUCUUCGCAACCCAUUCUUGGUUGUCAGUCCUCAGAGUCGCAGUCAAGCCGCCCUCCGCCGUAUCAUAGUUUUCCUGGAUCAGUUCUCGGCCAUGUAACGCCCGAGAACAGUGCGCCACCUUCCUAUGAAGAAGCGGUCGAUCCAAACGCACCACCUCCGUCUUACGAUUCUUUGUUUGGCAGAGUGCGAGAAGCUCAUAAAACUUCAAAAGGAAUGUUAGAUUUCUUGAAGAAUGUUGUUCUGCUUCUACUGGGCACAAUUGGUUGCACUAUAAUUUUGGGAGUAACAAUUGUCAUUCCAAUCUGCAUGAUUGUUAUUGGUUCAAUAUACUUGUACGACUGUCCACAAGGAGAAUACAUACCGAUAUACCUUUUGGUUGGAGGUGGUUUUGGAGUUUUGAAACAACUCCUCCAUUUAUCAGCCAGAGUUCGACAACGGGAAGAAGAACAAGAGGAGGAACGUGUGAGACAGUCUCCAACACAGACACUUCUAAACUGUUUCAUGUUGGGCUGGUUCAUCAUUGGAUCGAUGUGGGUGUAUAAGGAGUAUGAGCCAAAUUAUGAACCAAAAAUGGGAAAAUACUGCAACCGUACGCUGUACCUGUUCGCUUUCUGGCUCAUCACAUCAGUGUAUAUUGUUCUUGCCAUCAUAAUAAUUUGUUUGUGCAGCAUUAGCGUUGCAUCAGUUGCCUUUCAAAGGGAGAUGUAAUGCUUGUGGUGUAUAUUGGAUCUGCAAUAUGGUAAGCUGGCCAUUGCAGCAUUACCAGAAGUAUUUCCUGAAAAGCUUUUCAAUCAUUACUGUACAAAAUCUUUAACUGCCAUGAAGCCUUGACAUUUUGAAAUCUGUGAUAUGUCUUACUGUAUUAGCAUUUAGCACUUGUGCUCUUUAACAUAAAAUCUACACAUUGAAGAUCUGAAGAAACACUACUUAUGGAUUUGAUCAUUUCAGUGUAAUUUUCGAGCCAACAUUUCCACUUCAUAAACUGUUACUGCUAUACAUUUGCUUGUUUGGAUCUUGUAUUUAUGUGAAUUGUGGUUCAGAAUUUAUGCAAUUUUCUGGCUGUGAACAAGAAUCUAUAUUUGCGGGAAGUAAGAUAGUGAAGUCUUCUAAACUUUGAAUCAUAGAAAUAGUACCACAGAUAAGAGCAGAAUAUUUCUGCCAUGGAAAGCUGAUGAACUUAAAGGAUCUGUAUUGUUUUGAACUUGAAGCAAAGCAGCAUUUGUAUUUGCUACCAAUAACGUGUUGCUGCUUGUGCUAUAGAUUUUAUUCUGACCAUGCUGUGUUGAACAGUGGUUUAUAUGAAUCAGGGCUAAACAAACACACACACACACACACACACACACACACACACACACACACACUUCCAUACUUCCAUACAGUUUGUGGAGGCAAGUAAAUUUUAUAAAUAAUAGAGCGCUACUAAAUGAAUACUGACUGACUGUGUACUGCCAAUAUUUCCGUGUAUUUGCCUAAAAGCUUGUUGCUGAAAGGCACUUAAAUUGAUCUUAUGAAUAAUAAUGUAUAGAUAGCAUGAAUGAUCAGUUUUAAGUAAAGGUGACAUGAAUUUGCCUCCAGGCAGCCUUAAUGGGUAACAUGUUCUCAAUAUUACCUAUGUUCUAUCUUUACAGUGAAUCUUGGCAAUAAAGUUAUAUUUUGCUGUGUGUAGUUUUUGUUUCUACCAUAUAAAGCACUAACUAAAAUUGGGUAUUAGGCAACACUCCAUUAAAUUCUACCUGUAAUUUGUCA